AUGAGCACAAUCAAUUGGCAGGAACGCCUCACCAGUGGCAUCCUUCCACAUGGCUUCACCAAAGCCACAGCCUACACUCUCGAACCACCACACCAACUCUUAGGCUCCACUUCUGACGACUUCACCCUCUCGGAACAGGACCUGGCAACACUCCACAAACUUCUCGUCGAGCAGGAUUGCAACCAACGCGACAACGCUCUUACUUUUGAGAAUGGCAGCUAUGAGGUGGUGCAUCCUGGCCAGAUGUUUGCAUUGAAUGAUAAGAGUGUGUAUGCAGUUAAUGGGAGGACGGCGGAGAGUCAUGGUGUUGUUGCGUCGAAAACUUGGACGUCCUUGAUUGUGGCUUGGCAUGGGAAUACGGGGAAGAGUGCGAAUGAGUUGAUUCGAGGGUAUGAGGAGUUUGUGAGGAGUUUGAGGGGGACGGGGUCGUAG